GCGAACAGUCGUGGCGCGCUUUCUGAGUUGAGAAAAAAACACGACCGUGUCCGUGGAGGUCCCACGCCAUUGAUUUGGGCCAUUUUCGCGCGUCACAAAGAUGGAUCGGUUUUUCACGCCAUUUCCAUGGGUACCUACUCAUCCCCGAAGGGUGCUCCAGUGCUUUUUGACAACAAAAACACGCGCCAAUCUUGCCGAUUUUCCUUGGUCCCGGUGAUGCGUGCGUUGACGAGUGUGUUGUUGCAUUUUUUCGUGUCUUCGUCGCUCAAGACUUCCUGACUAGUUUUUGUUGCUCGUCAAGGACACGAUUUCAAUAAAUGCAGUUUCAGGCGCGUACACAUACAACACAUGGAUUGAGCAUAUAAAAAAGAAAAAAAAAAAUCUGUUGAUCAAGCGGUGCUUUACUCGCUUUGACCAUCAUCGGCACCUUUGGCUCGUUCGCGUCACACUCGUGUUUGCGCCGGCCCCAAAAGUGCGAUUAUCGUUCAUAAUAGUUGCACAUAUAUAUAUAUGUGUGUGUGUGUGUGUGCAGUAAGUACAAAGGUAUUAAAACAUGGGGCCAACGGAAAGAAAAAUCCAUCUAUCGGCAGCCGGUUCGGCGUUUGUGGGGCUGUCGGUGCUGGCGAUGGUGCAGUUGAUAGUGUUUACCCAGCCGGCCGGCGCGGACUUGGCUUUUCGCGACCUUGCCGCGCGAAUGGCCGGUCUGUUUGGUAUGCGCUACCGAUCGGGCGGUACAAAUACCACCGACGCGGGUAUGGCUCUCGAUGGCACCACUACCAAUGCCGAUCGCGACGCUGGCGAAAAGUUGCUUUUGCCAAACCGAGGAGAUAAUGAACCGCUUGAACCUGCUGGGACGGUGGAGUUAUUGACGAGGCUCGAGGGUCACUUGAUAGAGACGCACUCGGUGACUACGGAGGACGGGUAUAUUUUGACGCUCCAUCGGUUACCCGGCCCAGCCAACUCGACGCCUGUUUACAUACAACACGGGCUCCUCGAGAGCUCCACCGAUUGGCUGGUUGCUGGAAAAAAAUCCUUUCCUCAUAUACUCGCUGAUCAUGGCUACGAUGUUUGGUUGGGAAAUGCAAGGGGCAAUACUUACUCCAAGAAGCACAAGAAACUCUCGUUUACGGAUCGACGAUUUUGGGAUUUUAGUUGGCAUGAAUUGGGCGUGUACGACCUGCCGGCCGUGAUAUCGUACGUGUGGAGCGUAAAGCGGCAAAAUCUGUUUUACGUCGGACACUCGAUGGGCGCCACCACCUUCUCCGUAAUGGCAAUCGAGAGGCCGGAGAUCGCCGAGAAAGUCAAGGCGGCAUUCGCCCUCGCGCCCGCGACUUACGUCAAUCACAUGAGAGCGCCGAUCAAAACGCUCGCGCCUUUUUGGAGUAAAAUACAGCGAUUCGCAAACAUUAUUGGUAUGCACGAGCUGCUUCCAAGGGGUCCUUUCUUCGACGCAUUCGCAAAGUACAUCUGCGGAUCAUUCAUGUUCGGUACAGUACUGUGUGGCAACUCCUUGUUCGUGAUCGCUGGUUUUAAUCCCGAGCAGCUUGAUUACUCUCUGCUGCAAAAAAUCUGGAGCAGCUUUCCCGCGGGCACGUCCAUGAAGCUGUUUGUCCAUUGGCUCCAGCAGAUAGCCGAUAACGAUUUUCGUAAUUUCGAUUACGGCUACGAGGGCAACGUCAAGAUAUACAACUCGGGCGAGCCGCCGAAGUACGACCUGUCCAAGGUUCAAGUGCCCGUUGCGGUUUUUUGGUCGGGAAACGAUUACCUCGUUGGAAAAAAGGACGUCUAUCAUUUUUACAACGAAGUACCUUUGAAAUUGGGCAUUUACAAGGUCAACCAUACGAAUUUCAAUCACUUUGACUUCCUGUGGGGCGUCAAAGCACCCGAGCUCGUCUAUUCCAACGUCAUCGAUAUGAUGAACGUAUUCAAUAACCAAAUUGUUCAAAAGUAAUUAAGAUGUCAUUUGCAUCUAGUUACGGAUAUUUAUUUAUGUUAUUAUUGUAUGUUAUUAUAUUUGUCAUCACUACGUUACUUGCGCUCGUUACUGUACAUAAACAUAGUUUUAAUUACAAUUUAUCUUUAGUUUGAGUCUUAUUUCCACAUUAAGAAUGACUUUUUGGUUUCGAAAAUUACCUUACUUUGUGGGCAGCAGAAAUACAAUUUUUGAAAAAAGUCUCGAGUUACUUUUUAUGUGAUACACAAGUCAUUGUAAAUGAAUUUUCAGAAAACGAUUGUAAUAUAAUAUAUUAAUAUAUUAACUAUAUUUUUAUGAACAAUGAGCUUAUAACGACUGCAGGAUCAGGAAAGACAGAAUACCAACAUUUUUUUUUCCUUGAACAUGCUUAUAUACAUCUAAGUAUAGUAAGUAAA